AAUAAAAAUAGAAAAAUAACGCCCUGUUUGUUUGUCUGCAGAGAGAGAGAGAGAGAGAGAGGGCAACACCACCACCACACAUGGGUAAGAUAGUGGAGAAGAAGAAGAAGAAAGGACGACCCUCUCUUUUGGAUCUCCGAAAACGAACUCUGAAGGAGCAACAACAACAACAACAACUCAAGCGAAACCAUAACUCUGAUUCGAAUUACAGGACCACCCCUAAACAUGUCCGGCGAUCUACCCGCCGGAACCCCAAUACAGACUUGGCCGGGGAUGAGGAUGAGGAAUUAUCGAGUGGGACGCAGCGUCAGAAGAAGCUCAAACUCGUUCUCAAAUUACCCUCACACUCCUCCAAUUCAUGUGGGUCGGAGGAUGAUCUCGUUGUCUCCAAUUGCAUGAAGCGCAAGAUCAAUCCCAUACCCCAUGGAUCCGGGCCCGUCCAUACGUGUCAGAAUUCUACUUCUGGUAUAGACCUAGCCAAAACCCCUCAAGCGACCCAGUUAGAUUCUGGACUCUCAACAUCUUUACCUGAUAAAACGCUGUUACUUUUUAUUCUGGACAGGCUUCAAAAGAAGGACACUUAUGGUGUGUUUUCCGAGCCAGUCGACCCAAAUGAGCUUCCAGAUUACCAUGAAGUUAUAGAGUUUCCAAUGGACUUUGGCACUGUAAGGAAGAAGCUAGAUGAUGGAGAUUAUGCCAACUUGGAACAAUUUGAGAAAGAUGUUUUCUUAAUCUGUACAAAUGCGAUGCAGUAUAAUGCCCCGGAUACCAUAUAUUUCAGACAGGCACGAUCAAUUCAAGAACUGGCAAAAAAGAAUUUUGAAAAUCUUAGGCAAGAUAGUGGCGAUGAUAAUGAGCUAGAGCCAAGAGUAGUAAGAAGAGGCAGACCACCCAGCAAGAAACUGAAGAAACCACCGGUCAGGACUUUCGUGGAUCGUGCUGGUGUAGAGUUUUCAUCUGAUGCCACUCUUGCCACUGGGGGAGAAAAUGCCAUGUGGUCCAAUCACGAUAUGAGAAAAGGAUCUCAUGUUUUAAAGAAAUCUGCUUCUGCCGAUCUAUCUGGAAGAUCUCAUGUCACUCGCAAUAAUGAUUUUUGUAGUAGUUGGUUAGCAGAGAAGAAUUCAGAGAAGAUUGAUGAUUUUACAGGACCAACUUUUAGGGGAAAUAUGAUGAAAUAUGUGAAAAAACAUAUUGUACUUGAUGAGAAUAAACGAAGCACAUAUAAGUAUUCUCAUUCACCAGCUGAUGCGCAAGAGCUAUCGGUUUUGACUACUUUUGAUGGAGAGAGGAAAUUACUACUACCUGUUGGCCUUCAUUCAGAGUUUGGUUAUGCAAGAAGCUUGGCACAAUUUGCUGCCAAUGUGGGACCUUUUGCUUGGAAAAUUGCAUCUAAGAAGAUAGAGAAAUGCCUAUCUCCUGUCAUUAAAUUUGGUCCUGGUUGGGUCGGAGAAAAUGAUGCGAAACAAAGCAAUCCAGUGCCACGACCUUCACAUGCACCAACUCUGUCAUCACCGUUGCAACCCUUGUCUGGUCAAAGCUCCUCAUCAGCUUCUGUGCCUGUCACAUUUGAUUUGAAGAAUGACAAAUCAUCUGAAAAGCAUGAUGGAAACAUUUUGUCGGAGAAGCAUGCACCUUUAAAUAUCUUACCUCCAAAUGGCCUUACAACCAAGCAUAGUUCUCCAUGUUUUAUUCCCUCAUCAUCCUCUGUUGUUGCCAAUAGAUCUUCUGAACGUAUAACGGGAAAAACGGAAGCUAAGGGGGUAUUGAAUUCUACUAUGGGGUGUAAUCUACAGGGUGCAAUAUCGCCUUUGAAUGCAUGUCAGGUGCAUCGAAGCCCUGGGAUUCAGCCUCGAAUGAAUGGGUAUAAAAAUGCAGCUCAGGUGGGGAAAAAUAUUGAAGAGACCCAACCUGCUGGGUUUAAUCUUCAUACUUGCUCAGUGAUUGACACAUCACCUAGAUCUAAUAAUAACGUUUUCCAUCCUGCUCCUGCAAACAGCUUAAAAUCAGAUGAUGUUGAGCUCCCAGAACAUUCAAGUGUAGGUUGUAGCGUUGCAUUAUCAAACUCAAGGAGCGAGUCCGUGCCUUGGCAGCCAAAUCAGAAGUCUAUUUCCGGACUAGCACCACAGCAGAAGUCAGGCUCAGUUCCUCCAGAUCUCAAUGUGAGAUUUCAGGCUCCUGGAUCUCCAAAUUCGACCCCUGAUUUGGUGUUGCAGUUGUGAAGUAAAAGAUUUUCCUCCUCUAUUGUUUAUUUAUUAAUUUAACCAUAGAACGGUAGGGACAGGGUUUGUAUUCAAUGCGCCUGGCAGAGAGUAAUGCUAGGCCUCUUCUAAUUUCUAAAUUAUGCAACUUUGUUGUAAAGGAGUAGGUCGUUUCCUGUACAGAUUGAUGUAUCCUAAUUUAAUUUUCAAGUCAACACCCAACAGGUUUAAUUGUUA